AUGGAGGCGUCGCACCCGCUGAGAGAUGGUGUGCCCGCUGGCACGCGCGUGGUGCGCCCAUGGGCGGGCAAUGGGGAUGGGGACAGGGUGGGGGAACAAGGGGAGGCGGGGGGAAGCGGGGGUGGGGGGGGUGCGGGUGGGAGAGGGAGGAGAAUGUGGUCAAGGGACGUUUCAAUGGCCGCUCCCCCUUGCCCCUCCCCCUUGCCCCUCCCCCUUGCCCCUCCCCCUUGCCCCUCCCCCUUGCCCCUCAACCAUGCCCCUCCCCAUUGCCCCUCCCCCUUGCCUCUCCCGUUGCCCCUCCCCCUUGCCCCUCCCCCAUGCCCCUCCCCGUUGCCCCUCCCCUUGCCCCUCCCCUCCCCUCCCCUUGCCUCUCCCCCUUGCCCCUCCCCCAUGCCCCUCCCCCUUGCCCCUCCCCUUGCCCAUCCCGUUGCCCAUCCCGUUGCCCCUUCCCUUGCCCCUCCCCUUGCCCCUCCCGUCCGAUCGCCUCUCCCCCAGCUGCUCGAGACCACCAGCUCCCACCUCUUCAUCCGCCUGCCCCUGCACUGGGCUAAUCCCCCUUUCCGCCUUGCCUCACGCCUUUCCCCCUUGCGCCAAUCCCCUUCCCCCUCCCUCCCGCCCCUCACCUGCUUGAGAGGACCAGCUUCCGCGGUUCUUCCGCCUGCCACCCCUCCACUACUGGAGAGGACCAGCUCUGCUCUCUUCAUCCGCCUGCCGCCCCUCCACUACUGGAGAGGACAAGCUCUGCUCUCUUCAUCCGCCUGCCGCCCGUCCAUCCGGCCAAAGCGGCGCUCGGCUUCACGGUAUGGGCGGUGGGUGCAGUGGGCGGUGGGUGCAGUGGGCGGUGGGUGCAGUGGCCGAUGGGUGCAGUGGGCGGUGGGUGCAGUGGCCGAUGGGUGCAGUGGGCGGUGGGUGCAGUGGGCGGUGGGUGCAGUGGGCGGUGGGUGCAGUGGCCGAUGGGUGCAGUGGCCGAUGGGUGCAGUGGCCGAUGGGUGCAGUGGCCGAUGGGUGCGGUGGGUGCUAGCUGGCUUCAUGGUAUGGCCGAUGGGGGCGACGGCUGUGGUGCCUGUGGUGGGGGCGAUGGGGGGCGAUGGCUGUGGUGGCAGCGAUGGGGGCGAUAUGGCGCUAAUGCCUCUGAUGCUGGAUGAUGGCGAGGGGACGAGGCAGCAGACACCCCUUUCGCCCAUCCUUCCUGUCGCCUCUGCUAUCUGCACACUGUGA